AUUAGCUAAAAACUUAUAUAAAUUAUAAGGUAAAUAUGGGAAAUAAGUUGCCAAAAUCAUAUGAAGAAUUUGAACAGAGCUUUCACAAAAGACAGAAUAACCUCAGUGCGAAAGAGAAUUUUGUAGAGAUGCUGAAAAGCAGAGGAAUGCUCAAAGAUAUUUCUUCCCAAGAGGGAGAUGGCACUUUUAACAAAGAAGUAUUUCAAGCUCUCUUUGGAAAUUCUAGGAGCUCUCACAAUACGAAGACCAAGUUUAGUGGGCCUUAUAGUAGUUUUGUAGGCUUUAAUGGCCAAAAUAGCCCUAAGAAAAGAGACCAUGAGAAUUCCCAACAAACUUUCAUUGUGAAGUUUGGUGACGGAUUGCCAGAGAAGAAGAUUAUUAUCGAAAAUGAUCAAGAAGAGACCAAAGAGUUUGAAAGACAAUCUAUUACCAAACAUACCUGUGGAUGGCUCUUAAACGAAGUUAUCAGCAUAUACGGCACCUUCUUUGACACCAGAUCACAAUCACUAAACUCCCAAGACACCCGCUGCUCCAACAAAAUUUGAUGCGAUUUCAAGCACAAACCUCUCUCCAACAAAAAAUCAAUAAUCGGGCUCAAAAUAGCUUCCGAAGGGUUCAAUCUCCCUUUCGACUACUAUAUCUCCCACGCCCUUCUUCCUCUCUCCUCGCUCCCCAGCUGCCUCACUCUCCAUCCUCUCUACAGCCACCGCUCCUCUAAGCCUCCUUCUCCUGCUGACCUUCAGCAUCUCGCCCUCAUAGGCAAGGGCGGCUACUCCCACGUCACUGCUUGAAGAAAGCUAGACACUGGCAAGCUCUAUGCAGCUAAGAUUAUUCAGAAAUCAAGGAGAAUCUCUGAAGAGAUUGUCCUCAACGAACGCAAUAUACACGUUAUGUUCACGAAUGACCCUUUCUUCGUCGAUAUUUACUGGGCUUUCCAGGAUGAGAAGUAUUAUUACUUGGUCACAGAGCUGUGUGUUGGAGGCAGCCUUUAUAACCUGCUGCGUAAUCAUGGCCCUCUUGAUGAGGGUAUGGUCAGGAGAUACGCCAGUGAGGUCCUGGUUAUGAUAGAUAGAAUGCAUCAGAGGGAUGUGGUGUAUAGAGAUCUUAAACCUGAAAAUAUCUUAAUCGAUUCUAAUGGAUACCUCAAAUUAGCAGACUUCGGAUUGGCAAAAAUAGUGGAAAAUCUUUCAGGCCUGAAUGAUACUUUCUGAGGUUCACCUGAGUACAUGGCUCCAGAGAUGCUCUGAGGAGUACCUCACAAUUUAACCAUAGAUUUUUAUACCUUUGGAUGUCUUUUGCAUGAAAUGAUAUCAGGAUUUCCACCUCACUAUUCCAGAAAUCAACAAGAGAUGAAUAACUUAAUAAUGUUCGGAACUGAAGAGCUUAAUUUCGCCUGAAGUAAAGAGCUAAAGCAAUUGAUCAGCUGGUGUUUAAACAAAGAAGGAGAUCUUAGACCCCAAUCAGUCGACGAUAUUAAGACCCAUGCCUUUUUCAAAGAAGUAUCUUGGAAAGCUGUAGAAAAUCGGUCAUUGAAAGCUCCUUGGAUUCCUCCUCUUAAAAAUCAUUUUAACCAGAACCUAACUGAUAUCAAAAUCAUUGGUAACCAGAUUAAUGAAGAGGCCAUUGAGGAUGAUAAUUUUAACACAAGGUCUGCCCUCAGAAUACAAAAGGAUGAAAUCAGCCAAUGCAGUCAAAUCAGAGAGGGAAGUAAUGGAGGAAAUAACUCGAAGGAAACAGAAUUAAGUAGAUUAUUCAACUAUAAAAGUAGCUGCGGGCUAUUAGAGGCCUCUGAUACAUCAAACAACAUUGAAGUACUUCAGAGCCAACCGGGGAACACCUUAGGUUUUGAAUGGGAGAAUUCGUUAGCAGAGGAAUUUACUACCGAAAAUCCUUUUGUAGAAACGGAUAAAAAUAAAUAUACAGGGGAGCAAUUGACUGAUUAUGACUCUAAGAGUCACGAUGUAGCCACCUCUGAGUUAGAGGAAGGACCUAUAUUACAGAUCAGAUCAUUUGAUGGUGACGCAGAGCGGUCAACAAAAUUAGGAGUUAGCUUUUGCAAACCGCAAUUUGGAAAUAAACAAGAUGUAAAUGAAGGAGAAGUUGACACAAGCUUCGGACCACAUAUUAAUAAGUCAUGCAGUAUAGAGCAAAAAUAAUUAUGAAACCGAAUGCUAUUACACUCCAAGUAUCAGUCAUCGACAAGAUGUGCCUUGAAAAGAGAAGUUGAGGAGGGAUGAUACUAGUGAGAAAAGUUCGCAACAACAAUUCGAGCAUCAGGAGGUGACUUGUUUACAAAGUGCAGUAUUUAAAAGAUCUGAAAACUCUGCAAACAUUUCUAGAAAUUGAAGUCCAUGAAAAGCUCAAAGGCCUCUUCUUAGCCCAAAAUCUCCUUCCAAAGCUUCUACUGAAGCCAAAUCCACCUUAAACUCUCUACAAACCUCCUCACAGACAUUUUCCUUCUCAGCCCUACCAAAAAUACCUCUCAAAAAGCUCAAAUAAGUCCAUAAAACCCAUAAUCACAUGCAAAUCUACUCUUUACCUUAACGAGAUCCCAUCUCACCCAUGAUACUCUCUUUCACCCAAAAAGCGCAAAAACAAGAAGCCAAAGAAGAAGUUGCGAACAAAGGCACUUUCACCCUCCUCCAAAAGAAAAAGGACACUAUUCUACAAAAAAUCUGCCUCUUCUGUUUGGAUUGAGCUAGACCAAAAGGCCAAAUUAGAGGGUCAAAAGUUCUCUCUCCUCGAUAUUUCCCAGGAAUAAGACUAUUCCACCUCUGUUGGUUAGACUUAUGCUUCUGCUCGAGAAACAGGAGUCCCUGAAUGGCUAUCUUAAUUCUCUUAAUUAACUAAAUUCAUACUUCAC